AUGCGCAUCCUGUGCGAUGUGUGCGAGGCGGCACCCGCCAAGGUGUUCUGCGCUGCAGAUGAGGCUGCUUUGUGCCUGGCGUGCGACAACAAGGUGCAUGGGUGCAACAAGCUCGCCAGCCGCCACGUGCGCCUGGAGCUCGCAGAGGCGCGCGCCAUCCCCCGCUGUGACAUCUGCGAGAAUGCUCCUGCCUUCUUCUAUUGUGCAGUGGACGGCACGUCGCUCUGCCUUCAAUGCGACCUAGAUGUGCACAUAGGCGGCAAGAAGGCGCACGAGCGCUACCUGCUCAUGGGGCAACGCGUGGAGGCGGGACAGCAGCAGGCGGAGGGGGAGGGGGAGGGGGAGGGGGAGGGGUCAGGAGGAGGAAGCGGAGGAGGAGGUGGUGGAGGAGGGGUGACAGGAGGCGGAGGAAGGGGAGGGACGGGGGGGACAGGGGGAGGGGGGGUGGCAGGGGGAGGGGGAGGGUCGGGGGGAUUGACAGGCACAGCCACGGGGACAAUGCAGGCCCUGACCUUGAACGUGGGCGGAGGGGGGAGCGGGGGAGAGGGGGGCAGUGGGGGUGCCGUUCAGGAAAGGGCAGGGGCUGGGGGAGGGGUAGGGGGAGGGGCUGGGAUAGGGGUAGUGACAGGGGCAGGGGUAGGGGCAGUAGGAGGGAAUGGGCUGUAUGGUUUACGGUCCGGUGCUGCUGGGUUGGGGAUCGGGAUGGGGAUGGGGACAGGGAUGGGAACAGGGAUGGGAACAGGGAUGGGGGUUCGGAAGGCUGGGGCAGGAGGAGGAGGAGGGAGAGGGGGCGAGGAGGGAGGGGCUCGGAGCAUGGUUAUGGGGAAUGUGAGUGAUGCCCCUGCUGUGGCUAUAGCGGUGGGGGAUGAUGAGAUCCCUGCGUUGUUGUCACCUGCUGUAGAAGCACAGGAUUAUCAGCCACAACAUGUGCAGCAGCAGCAGCAGCAGCAGCAGCAGCAGCAGCAGCAGCAGCAGCAGCAGCAGCAGCAGCAGCAGCAGCAGCAGCAGCAGCAGCAGCAGCAGCAACCACAACAGCAGCAGAAGCAACAGCAACAGCAGCAGCAGCAACAGCAACAGCAGCAGCAGAAGCGAGGGGAGGGGAAUCAAGGGAGGGGUGGCAUGAUUGAUUUAAACUCGUGGCCUCAACGCUCCACUGAACCCUCGCAAAAAAAGGGGGGGAGCAAUGGAGGGGAGCUGAGCAGCGAAGCAGGUUUAGUGCCGGAAAUGCCGCCCGAUGAGAUUGCCGUCCAGGCAUUGUGA